UCUCUUUUUCUGACAUAUCUACUUCUUCCACUGCUGUUUGAUGUAUCAUAUCUUACUGAACUCCUCAUAUUUCAGUUUUAGAUUUUAGUUAUCGUUACUCUUUGAUUCACGACUUUAAAGAUCGAUUUAAUGCAAUAUCGGCACAUUUCAUUUUCUGUAUGCAGUGUAAAUGUGAUAGCAUUUUAUGAUCGUUGAUGACUGAAAAGGCAGUUUAAUAAGCAUGCAUAUAGAAACAUGCUUCAGAGUUCAUUUUAUUUAUGCUUUGCCAGUAGAGUAACUGUUAUAGCACUUGUUGUUGAUUUCUAAAAGGCGAUUUUAUAAGUAUGCGUGCAGAGACAUUUAUUUUAUGCGUGCGCUGCCAGUGGAGUAACUGUGCGAUAACGAAUGCUAAUGGCUGAAAAGGUGGUUUAAUAAGUAUGCAUGUAGAAACACGUUUCAGAGUUUCACAACUGGCAUAAAUACCACAAAUCUAGGUCAUUGCCCCUUAAAAGAGCGAGGCAACUCUGAGAAAACAGGGCUGACAUCAAAAAGAGGAGGCUUGUAUCAUUAAGUAUCGCUCGCAAGAACGCUGACUAUUUAGGCUACAGAGAUCACAAGCUUAUCAUUUUCUGCUAACAUUCAAUCUUGGUGUUUUUUGUGCCUUUGAUAUGCGCGCAGACGUGUGACCUGUUUAAUGUGACAUCUUUAAAAAGGGAUGAUGGUAUGGAAGGCAACCCACUUUUUGUUCUGACUGUAUGCUGGUUUGGUUCAUGCAAAUGCAUUUGAGAGAACUGAGAAGACAGGAGAAGAGGCUCAAGGACCAGGCACGAAGAAUGGAGAAAAAUAUUCUCUGAUCAUCACAGAGACCCAGGAUAAGAAUAGGCACGAAAUGGACUUUUUCAUCAGAGUCUGGCAGGCUGUGUUUCUUCUCCUUUUCAGCGGCAAAUUCUGCGACUGCUACAGAGUCAGUUGUAUUGGAAAGCUGAUAGUAGAUUCAGAUGUCAUCCACCUGGGCUCCAACUUGACUGUAGGAUGCCAGUCAAACACUGAGCGCUGUGGGAGACUUUUUGCAAUAGUCUUAAAUGGAGAGACCGUUUUCGAAACAAUGAAUUGCUCUGUAAUAAGAACACAGAUAGUCAUCAGUCAGCCCAGUUUUUGGCUACUCUGCAAGGUGAAGGAGGGAGACACGUGGCACACUGUUUGCGGCCAAGAUUUCAGAGCUGGCUAUCCUCCAGGUAAACCAGAAUUCAGCUGCGUCACGUACCGAAAUUCAGAGUAUGUUAAUUGCUCUCUAGUGGUUACAACGGAGACGUAUCUAUUUACCAGUUUCACAGUGACAUUUUACAACAGCACAUCCCAGUUCCCCCAGUAUGUGAUGAACAAAGACGGCCGUGUCUCUAUUCCACGAUCGCUGUUUGUUGAGAACAUGACAUAUCAAGUCCACAUAAGAGGACACAAUGCGUUAGGAGAGUCACACUCUACAUUUAACUUUUCAAUCUGGGACAUUGUUAUCCCAAGCACUCCACAUAUAACACGAGUUGUGUUUGAAAAUGAUACUCUUUCUCCUGCAAUAUGCUGGAAUGGCUCAGAAGAUAUUUUGAAACCAGUUUUGAGGUUCAGACAAGCACACGAAAACCAGGACUGGACGGAGGAUCAAGUGAGCCAGGGAAGUGUGAUGGAGCUCCGAACGGGAUGUAUUUCGAUGCAGGAAGCCUUAGAAGCGCUGACACUUUAUCAGUUUAAGCUGAGAGUGUGUGAUUCUUCAACAAACUGCAGCAGGUGGAGUCAACCCUUCAAUAUAACCAGCCCAGGAAUUGCACCCUCACACAAACCUGAUGUGUGGAGAGUCAUCAACAGGACCGGUGCUCACGGACCUCUGAGUGUCACAGUGUUGUGGAAGCCCUAUAAACCAGCAAAUUACAGCGGAGCUUUGUUGUAUUACAAGUUAUCUUAUAUAGAAAAAGGCCAGAUCCGUGAACUGAAUUGCUCAGCUCAUGUCACUCACCGAACUCUUCAGCUGAAUGCGUCAGAAGUUAACAUCAGUGCUGUGACAGCAGCGGGUUCCUCCCCACCUGCACCUGUCAGCCUGAUACAUACAGGGAACCCGGGCCCCGUGGUGACACGUUUAGCUCCAGCAGCAGGGGGCAGUGUGCUUCUAGCCUGGGAAGUGUCUCAUUACAGCGACAAGGUGAAUGGCAUUCUGGGAUUUGUUGUGCAGUGGCAACUGAGUACAAUGAACUUGGAAUGGAAGAGAUUGGGAAAAAAUGUUCAUUUUACAUUCCUACAAGGUCUGCGAGCCGGUAUCCUGUAUAACAUUUCUUUAUAUAGUGAAGACCACCGUGGAGUUUCAGAGCCUGCGUUUGUUCAGGUUUAUGCAAAGGAAGAGAAACCUCUAGCUGGUCCAGAUGUAUCAAUUACCAAUACAGGAAAACAGAUUUUGAUUCAAUGGGACGAGCUUAAUCAAGAAACACAAAGGGGAUUUAUCAGAAACUACACCGUUUACUUGCAGAGACAUAAAGACAAGAGGUUUCUUCAGAACCAAACGGUGCCUAACGCAUUUCCUAGAAGUUUGACUUGGGAGCUGCGAGGCCAACGGGAGUGUGCCAGUAUCCUGGUCACUGCAUGGAAUUCUGCGGGUGAAGGGCCCAAAGGAAAACCUGCCACAUGCUGUUGUCACAGCACUGCUUCAGGCGAGACAACAGGUGGAAUGAUAGCUGGGAUUUGUUUGGCUGCUGCAGUUCCUAUGGUGAUCCUGGCCAACCUGAUGUACCUGAAAUGUGUGCGGCAAAGAAUGAUGAAAAUGUGCAUGUCCAUUGGAGUCUCUUGGUUUUUCGAAAAUCUGCCCAAAUUUGAUAAUAGCAAUGCUAUAAAACUACUACAGGAUGACAGCCAUAGCCCAUGGGAAGCUCUUCCUGGAGACAACGAUCCUCCCUUAACUCCCAUUGAGGAAGUCAGUCUGUCUUUGGAGAGACAAGACUCUUAUCCAACUGUGCUUCAUGUCACAGAAACACCCACAACGAAUUCGUUUUGGAUCGAUUCUCCUUAUAAACCUCAGUUACUGACAGCUUCACAGAGAAAUGAAGACUUCUCUGAGACUACAGAUGAGGAGCUAAAAGAGGACGACCAGUUCCCUUUUUUGCCGUCGCCAUCACACCAUGACUUCAGUUGGGAUUUAACCUGUAUUCCCGUCAUACACGGACGACUUAAUAGCUUCUUAGCGAUGGAUGGAGCGCUGGGAUCUUUGGGCAUUCUUGAAGAUCUCCUUGCUCCUCCUAAGACGACUUCCUGUAAGGAUGGAGUGGAGGAGAAUGAGAAGAUUGCAGAAACAGGAGUCAUAGACCAGAGACCACAAACUGUACUGCCCAGUAGCCAAGAGUGCUGCCUCAGAGGGCCUGCCUAUAAUUCCAGCCCAUACUCCCCACAAGGCCUUUCAGUUCCAGAAGAGGGUUAGGCAUUUAAAUAUCAUGCCGCAAGAGUACGUUUGAAAUAUAUUAACAUGGGUGUGAUUUGGCCAUAAACACAAAGCAUAUUGCAUGACAUUAUCUUGUACAUAAAGCAUUAAGCAUUUUUUCAGCGUAUUUUCUUCAUAUUACCUUCAUAUAUAGUGUGGCUUUAAUCAGACACAUCUAAAUGGAACUGUGGUUUCUGCAUACUGUGAGGAUAGCGUCUAAAAUAAGCUGCGCUGUAUGAUGCUGAUUGAUUUAUUCAUAGUACCUUCUUCCUCUUGUUUUGACACAAAAGAAAAUACACGUGACACACUGCACUUUUUUGCUGCUUAAUUGUACUGAAUGUGCACUUGUAGUGUACUUCAGAUCUCAAAAACGUAUUUAAAUUAAUAAUACUUGGAGAUGAUAUGAUGACAUCAACUGAAUAAAAAGGCACUUAAUGGUGAA